AUGGAUUUUCCAUUCGAAGAAACUGGGGAUUCGAGAAAGCGGAAACGAGAGAUUGAGUCGACUUCGAACGCAGGCAGCAAGGAAUCGAGGUUGAAAACGCAGGCGUCCGACCUCGAAUCAUGCAUUUUCCCCCGAGUAAGAGCAAGUCCGGCGCCUCAAAAACUGCAUCAGACCGUGUACCGACUCGAGGUAGAAUGUCAUGAUAUAAUUUCGGCAGAGGCUGUAUCACGGCAUUUGAUGACUGCUUGGUCGAUACUGCUGGCAAAGUAUACAGGCGCUAAUAAAAUUCGUUUCGGCGUCCUUCCUGAAAGUGGAACAAAUCAAUAUGAGGCAGCUUUUGAAGAAUGGUGUGCUUCCUGGGAACCAGAGAACAGCACCGCAGAUGGCGUUGAUCUCACAAAUGUUUGUGAAUGGAGUUUCAAUAACUUCAAAUACCGUGGACGCUUUAACAGCUGCAUUGCACAACAGCCCAAAUCGUGUUGGUUUGAUGCCUGGACUAAACUGCCGGAUCAUCCUAUUGAAUUAGUCCUUCUGGUAGAAAUGACUGGAAGGCCGCACAUAGAGUUGUAUAGUCGCUCGUUGCUCUUGGACGAAGGGUUCUUAGCACUGUUAAGCGCAGUACUUAGACAUGUUCUUUUGGACCUGACAUCGGACCGUCCAUUGCAACGCCUCAACAUGAUUCCCGACGAGCACCGCAAACAGAUCUCUGAUUGGAAUGAAUCAGUUCCAAAGGAGCCCCUAGCUGAGUGUAUCCAUCAGUUGAUCCGAAAACAAUGCGACCAGCACCCAGAUUCGCAGGCCGUAUGCGCCUGGGAUGGGAAUAUCACAUAUUUCGAGCUGGAAAGCCUUUCGUCCAAUGUCACCAAAGCACUGCACCGCCAUGAUAUUGGUCCAGAGACCGUCGUACCAAUCCUUUUUGAAAAAAGCAAAUGGACUGUAGUUGCUAUAUUAGGAACAUUGAAGGCUGGAGCCGCGUUUGUUCUUCUCGAUCCGACGCAUCCCCUCGAACGACUUCAAGGAAUUUGCCGAGAUGUUAGAGCCAAUGUCAUUCUCACAUCUGAAGUACAUCAGGACACCAGUUCCAAACUUGCAACGACCGUUAUAAUGGUCCCCGGUCUCUCGAUCCCAGCGCAUACUGAAGACAUAAUACCACUUAAUGGCAAUCGCGGCAAAUGUAUGGUGAACUCGAGUAACGUGGCAUAUGUUUCUUACACAUCGGGAUCGACAGGAAAGCCGAAAGGGAUCGUCAUUGAGCAUGCUUCUGUAUGCACAAAUGCCAUGGCGAGUUCCGAAGCUCAAAACCUCAAUGGCUCAUCACGAGUGUUGCAAUUCGCAUCCUAUGCAUUCGACGUGAGCAUCCACGAAAUUCUCAUUCCUCUCAUUCUUGGAGGCUGUGUCUGUAUACCGUCAGAAAUGCAACGAGUUAAUAACCUUCAAGAGGCAAUAAUCAGUUUACGCGUGAACUGGAUGGAACUAACCCCUUCCGUUGCUCGCAUAUUGAACCCGGACGAGAUACCAGCUGUGAAGACGCUGGUGGUUGGAGGUGAAUCGAUGCCGCUUGUAGAGCUGACUCGCUGGGCAAGCCGUGUGAGGCUAAUUGUCGCCUACGGCCCCGCGGAAUGCACUAUAGUGUCUACAGUCCAAACUCGGGUAGGUCCAGAUUGUGACCCAUCGAAUAUCGGGAGGGGCUAUGGAGGAACAACUUGGGUGGUGGAUUCGGAAGAUCAUGAUUCAUUAGUACCGAUCGGGACUGUUGGCGAACUUGUGAUAGGAGGCCCCAUUGUAGCAAGGGAAUAUUUGGGCUUGCCGCAACAAACAAAAGCAGCCUUUGUGACAAACCCUCCCUGGGCGACAGGCUCCAAAUUCUAUAAAACGGGGGAUUUGGACACACAAGUCAAGCUUCGAGGACAACGAAUUGAGUUAGGGGAGAUUGAGCACCACGCCGGAGACCUGUUCCAGGGAGCGGCGAUUGCCGUUGAGAUGGGAAAACUCCAUAAAGGACAGUCGGUUUUGGUAUUGUUCGUUGAAUGGGCACAUCCCAAAGGCGACGCCGGACGAGAAAAUGAUGAUCGCGGCUUGCUGUUUCGCAAGCCAGAUCAACUAUUCAGCAUGAGAGCCCAUAAGGCCAAAACAGCGCUAACGGAUAUGCUCCCCCGCUAUAUGGUACCGGAUCUGAUCGUUCCCUUGUCGGCCAUGCCGCUAUCCCAGACAGCGAAGGUUGAUCGAAAAGCAUUACGGGGUAUCAUAUCACAGCUGUCCAAGAGUGACUUGAACAUCUAUCGGUUCAGCAGCAAGCAUUUUGGUCGUCAAGAUGAAACGAACCAUCACAACGGCCCGUUGGAGGAUGAAUUUGUGAAGGCCAUUGCUCGGACACUAUCCCUUGAUCCACGGGAUAUUAUGGACGAUGAUGAUUUCUUCCAUUUAGGAGGGGAUUCGAUUUCAGCCAUCAUGCUAGCCGCGGAGACUAAAAAGCACCUGGGGUUAAAUUUGACGGUAACUGACAUAUUUCAAUACUCUACCAUCUCCGAGCUGCGUAAGCAAGCGAGAAAACAACACGGGCCAUCGUCAUUGGUGAGCUUACCCGGCUCUGUACUUCCAUUCUCUAUGUUGGGGGCUUCAGAUAUCGAGACGUUCAAGAAAAUUGCGGUUGAGCAGUGCGGGAUUCUCCCUUCCCAGAUCGAGGAUAUUUAUCCAUGCUCCCCUCUGCAGGAACGGUUUAUGGCUAGGACCGCUCGUCAACCCGGGGCCUUUCAAGCCCGCUUCGCUUUCCGCAUGUCUCCGACCAUUGAUUGGAAUCGACUGCGACGUGCAUGGAAUAUAGCUGCAGAUGCUUAUCCAAUCUUGCGUACCCGAAUUAUCAAUGCCGCACAUUUGCAAUUAUCGUAUAGCGCUUUCCAAGUUGUGGUUCGCGGCUGGAACAUAGAAUGGCUCGAGACAUACUCGAAUACCCGCCAAAUUGAUGGCAAGUGGGAGAAAAAUAUGCUCUUUGGCACUCCCCUGAUUUAUUUAAUCGCGUGUCGUGACAGCUCUCGGCCAGGACUGACCCUGGUAAUGCAUCAUUCGCUAUUUGAUUGGUGGUCAUAUAACAAAAUUCUCGAUGCUGUUCAAGUGGCAUACGAAGGGCAAAGACUGGAUCCAGGCCACUUCUCACCAUUUAUCAAGUACAUCCACGAGCAGAAUAAAUCAAACGCGAAAGAAUUUUGGAAACGCGAGUUCCACGGCCUUAAGGCAGUGCCUUCGUUUUCCCACAGUUUCGCGGGUUCUUCUUCUCAUACGGUCAAGUGGACACAUAAAGAUUUUCCUCUCCGUCUCUGCAACCAGAGAGGAGCCACGAUAUCAGCGAUGAUUCGUUUGGCAUGGGCGAUGGUAGUAUCUCAGCACACAGGCCUUUUGGACGUGGAUCACAACACAGCAUUGAUUCCCUUCGAACAAACCGGGAUCCAGGAGAUCCAGCAGGCAAGCCCCGAGGCAGCAAUGGCUUGCGAGUUCCAAAGCCUUCUUGUUCAAGUGCAAUCCAUGCUGCAAUCCAUGGGGCAUCUGCUCGGCCUCAUUGCUGAUAGCCCCCAUGAGAAAACUGGAAGUAUCCUUGGGGAACGACGUAGAUCUAUGGGAAAGCGUAGUGUAUUUCAGGAGAACAAGCUACUUGCAUCAGUUGAGAGUGCAGCCAGAGGAUACCUUGGGACUAAUACUCAGGUCGCCGCCGAGUGGAUAAUCCCCAAAUCUUCACGAACUUCAAAAUUGGCGUUGUUUAUCGGUGUUAAUAAUUCGGGUGUUGCAUCCCAGGGUUCAUUGAUCUUGACGAGACUAGGCGAAAACACACGAAACCGGCUAUCACAGCUGAUGCUUUAUCUACGAGCUCAUUUACCUCGUAGCUCAGUCCCCUCGUGCUGCAUCCCCGUCCAGCUUCAGUACGAACCACCAAAAUCAUGUCUUCUGGGGGAACUUGCUCGGUUGCGGGAAGCCGCGUCCAAGACGACAUUGGUCACACUGAGAUCGUGGGAAAACGCCAAAGAAGGCCACUAUUGUCGGACCCCAUCACCUGUCGAGUCAAAGUUGACCAGCGUGCUGGCAUCAGUCCUGCGCUUGGAGUCGGAUGACAUUGAUGCCGAUGACGAUUUUGUGUCUCUAGGAUGCGAUUCCCUCGUCGCCAUGCAAUUUGCAGCAAGAUGCAAUCGAGACGGUUUGAUGGUGACUAUCUCUGAUAUUUUUGAAGCGAAAUCCGUUACACGACUUGCGUUGAAGCUCGGCAAUACGCCGCCAACUUUUCCAUCGGUGUCAAAUGACUUCUCGUUAGUGCGAUCAGUAUAUAAAGAUCUCCAGCGCGACGCGAAAGGGAUUGAGAAAGUAUCAAAGAUCGCGCGAAUUGUCGAUGCUUUUCCAUGCACUUCACCUCAUUUAGGAUUGCUGCCGCACGAUACCAGUCUCCAAGCACACACAAUUUGGGAAGUGUCGGCCUCUGGGGAUGUAAUCGACCCUUUUCGGCUUGCUGAAGCAUGGAAUAAACUUGCGGAUCGUCAUGCGGCCCUCAGGACUGUACUCCUUCAGAGCCGUUUUAAUCCUCCUCGAAUGUUUCAAAUAGUGCUGGCCUCUUCCCCCGUCGAGGUAGAGGUCGUAACAGAUGUGGAAGAUCAGAACAUCUGGCCAGUUGUUCGGAAACCUUUUUUGUCCAGUUCUGACAGAGAUGAAUUGCCAUGUAAAUUUACCAUCUAUCGAACGAGUACGGGACGCAUCCUUUGCAAGCUUGAGGGUCGACAUGCAUUUUUGGAUGCUACGUCUGUAUUGAUUAUUCUCCAGGAACUCGCGUCAGCCUACAAUGGUAUCGUCUCAUCUUCGGAGGUUUCUUACCUGUCAUGGGUUUCCUAUUUGCGUCAAUGGGCCAAGGAUAGCUCCCAUUUACACUUCUGGAAGUCUUACCUUGCUGGCAUCAAGCCUUGCAUUCUCACUACUCAUCCGCAGGAGAGUAAAAAGAAUGGCAUCAACAGCAGCCAGCCGCACCAAAAAGUACUGCAGUCACAUUCCGCGACCCUCAUGCAGACGGACGUACUGCGCAGACACUGCGAAAAAUUCAGGUUCAGCAUAACCAACUUCUUUCAAGUGGCAUGGGGACUCGUACUUGGAAAAUAUACGGGCCUAGGUGAUGUCUGCUUCGGGACCUUAGUCUCUGGUCGAGACGCUCCAGUUCCUCACAUCAAUGACAUCGUCGGGCCGCUUUUUAAUGUUCUCGUAUGUCGCCUGUCAAUGCCCGAACACAAGAGCUGCCAUUGGCUUCUCAAAAGAAACGAGGCGGCUAUUCGAGAUAGAUUAUUACAUCAGUAUUGCUCCCUAAAAGAUGUGACACGGGCAUCUUGGGAUUCAGACACUCCACUUUUCAACACGUCUUUGUCGGUCGAGCAACCUUUGUCAAGUGAAGCGGGAAUUUGCUUCAAGGAGCUUGAAACACAUGAAGAAACAGAGGUAUAA